CAGCCUGAGCGUGGAGCCCGCGCCGCCCCGCCGCGCCGCGCUCGGAGCCCAGGAACCGAACCCGCGGCCCCGCGCGCCCGGCGCCUUUGUCUGCUCCGCGGCCCGUGCCCGCCCACCCGCCAGCCCCAUGGAGCGCGCGGCGCCUUCCCGCCGGGUCCAGCUGCCGCUACUGCUGCUCGGCGGCCUCUGGCUGCUGGCGGCCCAAGUGGGUGCAGACGUCUCCAUGGAGGGUUGCUGUGCAGACGGGCACCAGAGGGCCACCCAGAAGAAGGAUUGCUCAUUGCCCUACGCGUCGGAGUCCAAGGAAUGCAGGAUGGUCCAGGAGCAGUGCUGCCACAGCCAGCUGGAGGAGAUGCACUGCGCCACGGGCAUCAACCUGGCCAAUGAGCAGGAGGGCUGCGCCAUGCCGCACAGGAACAAUGCCAGCCUCGAGGCCAUGGUUGUGAAGAGAUGCUGUCACUGCUGCCUGCUGGGCCGGGUGGCUCAGGCCCAGGGCCAAAGCUGCGAGUACAGCCUCCUGGUCGGCUACCAGUGCGGGCUGGUGUUCCGGGCCUGCUGCGUCAAGAGCCAGGAGUCCGCAGACUUCGCUCCCGGGGACAUCGGGGACCUCCAGGAGACAGCGAAGAUUCCCGAGGGUGAGGAGGAGCCAGAGGAUCCCUACCUGAACGACCGCUGCCGAGGCGGGGGCCCCUGCAAGCAGCAGUGCCGGGACACGGGUGAAGAGGUGGUCUGCUCCUGCUUUGUGGGCUACCAGCUGCUGUCUGAUGGCGUCUCCUGCGAAGAUGUCAAUGAGUGCAUCACCGGCAGCCACAGCUGCCGGCUGGGGGAGUCCUGCGUUAACACCGUGGGCUCCUUCCGCUGCCAGCGUGACAGCAGCUGUGGGACGGGCUACGAGCUCACGGAGGACAAUGACUGCAAAGAUAUUGACGAGUGUGACAGUGGUAUUCAUAACUGCCUCCCCGAUUUUAUCUGUCAGAAUACUGUGGGAUCCUUCCGCUGCAGACCCAAACUACAGUGCAAGAGUGGCUUUAUACAAGAUGCUCUAGGCAACUGUAUUGAUAUCAAUGAGUGUUUAAGUCUCUCUGCCCCGUGUCCUGUCGGGCAGACCUGCAUCAACACGGAGGGCUCCUACACAUGCCAGAAAAACGUGCCCACCUGCGGCCGUGGCUACCAUCUCAGUGAGGAAGGAAACCGAUGUGUUGAUGUGGAUGAGUGUUCGCCACCCUCUGAGCCCUGUGGGCCAGGACAUCGCUGCCUGAAUAGCCCUGGAAGUUUCCGCUGCGAAUGCACGGCUGGUUACUAUUUCAACAGUGUCAGCAGGACGUGCGUGGACAUCAAUGAGUGCCAGCGCUACCCCGGGCGCCUCUGCGGCCACAAGUGUGAAAACAUGCCAGGCUCCUACUUCUGCAGCUGCACUGUGGGCUUCCGGCUCUCAGCCGAUGACCGCUCAUGCGAAGACGUGAACGAGUGUAACAGCAACCCCUGCAGCCAGGAGUGUGCCAACGUCUACGGCUCCUACCAGUGCUACUGCCGGCGCGGCUACAAGCUCAGCGACGUGGACGGGGUCACCUGCGAAGACAUCGACGAGUGCGCCCUGCCCACCGGGGGCCACAUCUGCUCCUACCGCUGCCUCAACAUCCCUGGAAGCUUCCAGUGCAGCUGCCCCUCUUCCGGCUACAGGCUGGCCCCCAAUGGCCGCAACUGCCAAGACAUCGAUGAGUGCGUGACUGGCAUCCACAACUGCACCAUCAACGAGACCUGCUUCAACAUCCAGGGCGGCUUCCGCUGCUUGUCCUUCAAGUGCCCCGAGAACUACCGCCACUCCGCAGACACGCUCCGCCAGGAGAAGACAGACACCGUCCGCUGCGUGAAGUCCUGCCGCCAAAACGAUGCCUCCUGUGUGCUGAACCCGGUGCACACCAUCUCCCACACUGUCAUCUCGCUGCCCACCUUCCGCGAGUUCAACCACCCCGAAGAGAUCAUCUUCCUCCGGGCCAUCAUGCCGGCGUAUCCCGCUGGCCACCCCGACAUCAUCUUCGACAUUACGGAGGGGAACCUGCGGGACUCCUUUGACAUCAUCAAGCGCUACAUGGACGGAAUGACCGUGGGUGUGGUGCGCCAGGUGCGGCCCAUUGUGGGCCCCUUUCAUGCCGUCCUGAAGCUGGAGAUGAACUUCGUGGUCGGGGGUGUGGUCUCCCACCGAAACGUGGUCAACGUGCACAUCUUCGUCUCUGAGUACUGGUUCUGAGCUGGGCCACCUGGCAGCCAAGUUGGCACUUCCAGGCCAAGUCAUUGCCACAAAAGACUGUGUUCCGGACCUGUCCGUACCAUCUAGACAUUCCUCAAUUUUAUGUCUUUGUCUGUAGUAUUAGGCUGGCAUGUAGUAAAUGGGGCCAGAUGAGUAAGUCUGUCUGAUGCAUUUUGGUGUUCAAAUAAUGAGUCCAAUGACUCAACUAUUUGAUAAAAAACCUGGCUUAGUUUGGAAUGCAAAGCUUAAAUAAUGCUCCCUCCCUCUGCUUGAGGGUUGGGCAAGGCUAAGGACCAAGGAAAGAAAGCCAUUUGUCAGGCAGCAGCAAAUCCAAAUGCCAAGAGCAGAAAGAAGGUCAGUUCUUGCCCUGAUUGAAUGAAAUUAGACAUUUUGGUACUUUUUGGAUGCCCCAUUCUAAAGACACAAUUGCUGUAGAAUAGCAGGUACGAUAAGCUUCCCCCAGAGGCCACAUGGCAAAAUACCUUGGGGAACACUUAGAAAUAAAUUGGGGUUCUUAGUUUAAGAAAGAAAAAAAAAAUCCUUGGUAAGGACAAGUCCUGAUGGGUUUGGGUGUGGCCUGCGGGUGUUCACUACUGGAACGGCCAGGUUUUCCCCGCCCCUGCCAUUCCCUUCUCUUAUUCUAGGUUGGAAAAUAAACAGUUUUGUGAUCCUUC